GUAAUAUAAUAAGAUGUGCUAUAGGCUGAUCACUUAGAUGCUUGGUACCACAUUUGACAAUUUGUUUGCAAAUCUUGCGAAUCUUUUCAACAUGUCUGGCCGUGGCAAGAAGGUGCAGAAGGCUGCUAGUGGCAAGUCCUCCAGAUCAGCCAAGGCAGGUUUGCAGUUCCCGGUCGGCCGUAUCCACAGGCUACUGAGGAAGGGAAACUACGCUGAGAGAAUUGGUUCUGGAUCUGCCAUCUACCUGGCCGCCACUCUGGAGUACCUGUGCGCUGAGGUGUUGGAAUUGGCAGGAAAUGCUGCCAGGGACAACAAGAAAUCCAGGAUCUUGCCAAGGCACAUCCAGCUGGCAGUGAGGAAUGAUGAUGAACUGGCCAAGCUGUUUGAUGGAGUCACCAUCGCUGAUGGAGGAGUCCUGCCCAACAUCCAAUCUGCCCUGCUGCCAAAGAAAACUGUCAAAGGCUCGUCUUCACAAGAACCUAAAGCAGUUGAAUCCCAAGAGUUUUAAGGCCCAAGAACUGAUCUAGAGGGUUAAUUUGGGUAUAUUUCUCAUGUCUGUUUAAAUGCUACUUAAAUUAUAACGUGCACUAAAUAUCUGUUUCUCUAUUUUUAAAUGUUGAGAAUUAAAAUGGUUUUAUCUUGUUAUA